AUGGCGGAUCCUGCGGCUGUCGUUGUUGCACGCACAAGAACAAGGAGAACCAUAGAUCCGUACGAUUUAUCAUCUGGUGACAAUCCCGAGAGUGUGAUUUCCCAACCUCUUCUCCGUGGCCCUAAUUAUGAUGAUUGGGCUACAAGUCUCCGACUUGCCCUAAAAGCAAGGAAGAAAUUCGGUUUCGUCGAUGGUACUAUUCCUGAACCAGCGGCGGAUAACGAAGACAAUGAAGAUUGGUGGGCAAAUAACGCCAUGGUGAUCUCGUGGAUAAAGCUUACCAUUGAUGAAAACUUGCGGUCUUCUCUCACUACGUAUGAGAAGGCACAUGACUUGUGGAACCACAUCAAGUGUCGUUUUGCUGUCAGAAACGGGCAACGCGUUCAACGUCUCAAGACAGAACUUGCGAAUUGCCAUCAAAAGGGUCUUGCAAUGCAAGAGUAUUACGGAAAAUUAACUCAGCUAUGGAGGAGCCUAGCUGACUAUCAACAAGCUAAAACCAUGGAGGAAUUAGCUAAGGAGCGUGAAGAAGACAAGCUACACCAGUUUCUUAUGGGUCUCGAUGAGACUGUGUAUGGUGCUGUCAAGUCUUCAUUACUGUCACGUGAUCCUUUACCCUCUUUGGAUGAAGCGUACCAAGUUUUGGCACAAGAUGAAGAAGCUAAAGUCACGAGUCGUCUUCUUACUACUCGCACCGAGGAGAUGAGUUUUGCAAUUCAAACUUCAAAUGCAAAACAAACUUUCUCUAACUCAAAUAGAGGAGGUACAACAUGUCUUGUUUGCACCUAUUGUGGAAAAACAGGUCACUCGGCUGACGUGUGCUUCCGCAAGAUGGGAUAUCCGGAAUGGUAUGGUGACCGUGGUCGAGGCAAGUCUGCACCACCGGCUGUCGGGCGAGGUCGUAGUAUACCACCUGCUGUACGACCAGCUGCGGCUAAUGUGAUUGUUUCUACUCCACCAGCAGCAGCUCACGCAGCUAUUACAGGUGCAGAUCGGAUCGGGAUUAGUGGACUGACGGAUACGCAGUGGCAAACUUUGGUGAACAUUUUGAACGAACGUGAGCAGUCUGCAGGACCAACACUCACUGGUAAGAUCUCUGUUUCCUCUUGGAUUAUUGACACAGGUGCUUCUAAUCACAUGACUGGCUCUGUUCAUGCACUUGAUACGGUCUGUGACAUGUCUCCUGUUCCGAUAAAAUUGCCUGAUGGUCGUUUCACGAUCUCUACGAAAAAGGGAACAGUUCAGUUAGGGUCUGAGCUCAGUCUUCAGAAUGUCUACUUUGUUGAAGGGUUGAAAUGUCAUUUAAUCUCGGUGUCUCAGUUGACACGCGAUCAGACUUGCGUUUUUCAGAUCACUGACAAAUUGUGCAUUAUUCAGGACCGCAUUAUGAAGACGCUGAUUGGAGCGGGUGAGGAACGAAGUGGAUUGUAUUUCUUUAGAGCCAUGGAUGUUGCUGCUGCAAUGCAUAUCUCUACCAAGGCAUCGGCGGAUAUUUGA